GACAAUUGUGCAGCCUAAGUAAAUUGCGAUUGGCGUGUAUAGUGUGACCAUUGUGAGAUGGUGUCAAGUGCGUCAAGUGUGUUUUUGAUGUGUGAAUAGUUGGAAUGUACUUCCCGAAAGCAGAAAUGGACUUUAAUAUGAAAAAGCUUGUUCGCGAUGCAGGAACCGCUCUGAGUCGUGUUGUACAGUUAACUGAAGAGAAGCUGGGAACAUCCGAGAAGACUGAGCUUGAUGCACGUUUUGAGAACCUUGCUGAGCGCUCUGAUACAACCAAAGUAUGGACAGAGAAAAUCCUGAGGGACACAGAGGCAGUUCUCACACCAAAUCCUGGGAACAGAGUUGAGGAUUUCUUGUUUGAGAAGAUUGAGAAGAAGCGGCCAAACCGUCUAAGUAACCUUGAGUACCUGGGACUUGACAUGAUUGAGGCUGGCAAUGAAUUUGGACCGGGUACAGCAUAUGGUAGUGCAUUGAUCAAGGUUGGUCAAUGUGAACAGAGGCUAGGUCAGACAGAGCGUGACUUCAUUAGUUCUGCUGGACAUUGCUAUGUCCAGCCGCUCAGAAAGUUCCUGGAAGGAGAGAUGAAGACAAUUUUAAAGGAAAGAAGCCUACUGGAAAGCAAACGAUUGGAUCUGGAUGCCUGCAAGAACCGGUUGCGUAAGGCACGGAGCAUGCAGGGACAGCAGAGUAAGGACGGAGUGAGUCCAGAGGUUCUGCUUGAACAGGCAGAGAAGGAGCUGCGAGUGGCCCAGUCAGAGUUUGACCGUCAAGCAGAAAUCACCAAACUACUCCUCGAAGGUGUUAGCAGUUCACAUGCCAACCACCUUCGCUGCCUGCAUGAGUUUGUAGACACACAGGUGCGAUUCUACGCGCAGUGUCACAGUGUGAUGCAGGAUUUGCAACGAGAUAUGGCCAGUUUGUCCUUAGUCACACCUGGUGCUGCCCCCUACCAAGCAUUAACUCUGCAGUCUCCUGAUUCUGCUGAUGUUACCAAGAAUGGACACCAAAGGGCUCGAGUACUUUAUGACUAUGAUGCCAAGGAUUCUACUGAACUCAGUCUCAUGGCAGAUGAGGUGAUCAUUGUGCAUGAGAUAUUGGAGGCAGAUGGGGCAGAAGACUAUCUGAUUGGUGAACGAGGAAACCAAAAGGGGAAGGUACCCAAGGCAUUCCUGGAGCUCUUGACCUAUUGAGAAGAUGGCAGAGAUUAGACUAGAAGUUUCCUGCUCUGAUGUUACAGUUUAUUCUCCCAUAACAAUCGUUCCAUAGUCAAACUAUGGAGAUGAAGUGGUCUAACAGUUAAAUUGAAUUGCAGAGAAUAGCAUGAUCAAGGUGUAAUGAGUCACAUAUCCUGGCCCUGGUAUGAUUCUGAGCCUUGUUACCAUAUUGCUGCUUACUGUAAACAGAAGACAAAUAUCCAUAGUAACAUUUUUCUUUUUAAUUAGACUAGAGGUAAGUCCAUAAGGCAAUCACUCAUUGCUGAAAGAAAGUUAGAUCUUUUUAGCAGACUUUUUGCUUCUUAAUACAACUGAAUGUUAUUUGUUCUUCGUGUUACUUCAGAGAGUCAAAUGGUAUGCCUGAAGAAUUUUUCUGCCACAUGCCUACUGCAAGAAAUAAUCUUUGCUAGAAAAACUCCUGUUUCACACUGCGUAUAAAGUAGAUGUCAUAAGUAAUAGUGUCCAUGAAGUAUGUUAGAAUAUUGUGUUGGACUUUACCUUUGUCUUAGAUAUAGUUAACAUGCAUUUGACACACUAGAUCUGUUUCCAUCAUAAGGUGUGGGUGGGAGAGGAUCUGACUUAUUAUGGCCCCAUAGAAAGAAUUAGUCCUAAUCAAUGGACAGCGAAAGAAGUUCUAAAUAGAGUAUGUACUCUGUUGUCUUGUGAACAGGGUAAUGACCCUAUGGGUUCCAUAAAAUGCUGGGAAAUUCUUGAGUGUCUGAGCAACUGGUGGCUUCUCAAGAAGGACAUGGCUUCAUGGUGUUAGUAUAUAUUCAGUUGCCAUCAGAUAGGAUUUACAGGAGAUGUGAAGAGAAAGAAGUGCCAGUAGUUAUUAGAGAAUUGGAGAAUGAAAUCUCUCUGUAGUGUAAGGCCUGUUGAGGGGAGGGUUGAGAAAUCCCACUUUGUCACUUGGUGUACACAACUGAGCUGAAACUAUAUAAGGCUGUCAUGACAUCCCUAACUAUGCUAGAAGGUGGGGAAGUACCCUGAUGCUUGCUGUAACACUAGGGGGUUAGCAUCCUCCUACCCUAUCCUGUGGUCACCACUACUUAGCUGUCCAGAAUCAAGUCUUUAGUCACAUGUUAUUUUGCUGCCACCUCCUGAGAGGAGGCUUCCACCCCUAAGAGAGACACCUCUCAUGACAUACUGGUGCCAUUUGCAAUCCUGUGGAUUUGCGUGGGAACAAGAGAAGACGUAAUUUCAUUGGACAUCUACAUUCAGGAACUGUGUACUACCCUAUCCGGGGGGGAGAUGAAUGGCACAAGUCUGAACUACUGAUUAUUGGCUAUUAAAAUAUACAUAUCUUGUGAUUAGUAUCCUUCCAUUGCCUUUCGGGUGAGCUCUGCCCUCAGUGGAAUUUUGCCUAGCUCUAAUCCUUAGAACUACCCUUGUUUCAGCCUCCAUUCAGUUAGCCAUUGUGUGAACAGCCUGAUAAUGUUUCUCUAUAGCUGAAGAAUUGUGGCAUUACAGUAGGUACCGUUAAAAUCCAUUGAAGGCACUAGAAACACUUUUCUGAGUGUGUGUAUUCCUAGUGAUUGAUGGAUAUUAACCAUAUCUACAGGGAGAUUAGAGUCCCUUUUUUGUGUUUUCUUUAAUAGAUACUACUGCUACUACUAAUCUUUAUUUCCUCUUAGCUCCUGCUGAUGAUUUUUGAUGUAACAGAAUAUAUAAUCUUCUUGGAUAUGCUUUUAUUGUCCAUUGACUGAGGAUUAGCGUUCUUCAGAGGACCCAAAUAACAUGCUUCAUCUCCUUAUGAUGCUGUGCAUUAAAUAUAUUCCUGAUAUUGGAUAGUGCCCGAAAUAAUAUUCUUAUAAUGAAUUGACCAUUGUCACAAACAUGUAGAGGAUUGUGUCCAAUCAGUACACAAGAACAAGCUGGUUAUGCUGUAUUCACAUGUCUUAUAAGUACUGAAAGACCUUUGAGGUCCUCUGUUGAACUCUUAAAAUUAAAAGUAAAAUAAGCUAGGAAAGAAAUUAAAUUAUACCUCUUCAUAUUCUGAACUUGGUGAAUCUCAUAGUGGUGCUGGGUCGUUUACAGGCCAUGCCACAGUCCAGUUUUGUUCAGAAUGCUACAGUUCUGAAAUUAAAACUUAAAAGUAUAUCAGCCUUGAAUAGUUAAAAUGUAGCUGUUACAUACGUAGGACAAAUAACCCCUUGGUGACUUCUCUAAAUGCCUCCCUUGCAGCUACAUUUAAAUGGCAGUGGGUCCAUGCAAUUGCUGUGAUGUUUUAGUUUUACAUUUUUGGCAUAUAUCAGUAAAUAAAGUGCAUUAUUUGGUCAAGGAAUACUGCAGUAAAAACACAAGGCUGUCAUCUGUUAAUGACAAAACUUAAUACUAGUACAAUCUAAGGAGGAACUACUGAAGUGCCAGACUUGUAGUUGUUUGAACAGAGCAGUAUGCCACAUUCCAGAGAUGUUAGUUGACAGCGGGUAAAUAUCUUUGGAAAUGGAUUUACUGGAAUUACUGUUAUAGCUUUUUCUGUGACUUAGAAGUUUUUCUCAGAUUUCUACUUGAAAUUGAUUUGCAUGAAUCAUGACAUAAGAUAAGGUUGUAGUCAAACAUGUGUCAUUAAACAAUGGACAAGGUAUAGACCUGAUGUAUGUCAUUAUAGAAAUACAAUGCUUCCAUAAGUUCAGAUUCUUUCAGCCAUGAAAUAUGUAUUCUCCAGCAUAUAGAGUUGUGUGGAUUACAGAUAUGUGCAGACUAUCAGAGCUGGUGGCUGUGCCCAGUGGAAAGAGGGAGAAUAAUGUGUGUCCAGUUUUUCUGUGUAUGUUCUUCCUGCCUCCUUUUACCCCACAAUUUAAAUAUUUAAGGAAAAUCUUUUUUUAUAGUUUGUGGUUUUCAUUCUUAGAAUUUAUCUCCAACCAUGCAGUGAAUAGCAUUUGGAGGUUAGAAACAUGCCCAUUCCUUUGUAAGGAAUGAUUUUGUUAGGAUCAUUCCAAUUGGCAUUGUAAUUGUGCGGCUUAUAAAAUUUCUGUAGCUAUGUAUUUAUUUGUGUGAGUGUAUAUGUAUGCAUGUCUGUAUGUAUGAGUACUAAGUAAGGGUGACCAUUCAUUCAUCAGUAAUCUGUCAAGAUGACAGGUCCACAGUCUCUUCCAAAACAGUUACUCCACUUGAUGCGA